ACUGAGUAUUAACUCAAGGAACAUGGGCCAAACAGGGAUAGAGGAAAAACAAGUAGAAGUACAACGGGAAGUACUCAGAGAAAGAGACCCAGAGUACAGGUACAUGGAGAAAACAGUAACACAACCAUAACAGAAACGACAAGAACAAACAGGAACAACAAUGAUUUGACAAAGACAGUGAUGGGAGAGAGCUACUGCAUAUACACCCAGGGCACCAGGUGGGGUGAAUGAGGCUGAUUAACAGGGAUUAAGAUGACACAGGGGAGAAUGACAAACCAAUUAACCCAGAAGAAAACAGAACAAGUGGACAGACAUGAGAAAAUCUAAAGAAUUCUGCGUUUUAACGUAUGUAGGCUAUCACACCAGACCUACAAUGAUAACUUGUCUAAAGAUACACAAUGUUUGAAAAAAAAGUGAUUUUAUACAGAAAUGUUGCGUUGUAGACUAGUAGUUUACGAAAGUUAUUCCGGAGUUCUCGACAAGUCUCCCGAGAGUGUUCGAGAAGCAAAAGUGACAAGGCAACAAAGCUUAAGUACGUAGCUGCAAGAUUGACGGUCUGAGGAUUUGUCCUGGGAGCCGCGAUUUACUUUCCUGAAGAAUCUGAUUCUCAGCGACCUUAUCCAGACUACGACCAUCAGUCCAGCCGUUAUCUACUCCUUGGUGCAGCGUCGGACUAUGGAGUUCAGCGCCUGGUGUUACCUUCAGUACUUCGCCGGCACCGCCAGCAUUUUUGCCAGUUUUUUGACCAUCACCUGCAUGGCGUUGGAGCGCUACUUGUACGUGUGCCACGCCAUUCACUACUUGGUCAUCAUCACCAAAGUGCGUCUGCGGCUUACACUGAGCUUCAUCUGGCUUUUCUCCAUCUCCGUCGCCUGCACCAACGUGGUGCUGUUGCACACGGGUCGAACCCAAGGAAACGGACGAGACACCAGGGGGCUGCUGUGCGAACCGGACGUGAUGGAGCAACACAUGGGCUUUCCCCGGGCAUCGGCGAUUUUCCGCAAAGUUGUCGGAUUGGUCACGUUGCUGCUGUGCCUCGUCGUCUACGCCUUUUCGUACCUGAGGAUGUACCAGGACGCGCGUAACGCGGUUAUCCCGUUCAACACCACCAACAGCACGGCGCGGAAGACCGUGUUGUACUACUGCUGUAUGCUGUUUUUGCAAUUGCUCCCGCUGCUCGCCAAAGCCGCCUCGGACGCGGUGUGGGAGAUACAGGGCACCGUGGCCAUGGAGGCACAGGAGUCCUCGUCCUCGUCCUCGUCUUUGACCUCCAUCUCCACGUCCCUAUCUACCGCCAGUGCAGCGAGCGUCAAACGGAGCUCGACAUUCUCGACCACCGCAGCGGGGUUUCACCUGACUCUGCUCAUUUUGCUUGUUGUGCCACCGUGCAUCAACCCACUGGUGUACUUGUCGAGGUCCGCGGAGAUGCGAAAGGCGCUGCGGAGCCUGUUUCAGUGGUGGACGGAGAAGAGAGGUCUGGUGGAGAUACGAAUGAGAAACGUUGAAGAUCCAAACCGGGCUCGGGCAGCGUGACUUUCCCGGCGGUCACUAAUACACUGUUGUAAGUUACAGGAACGUGUUUUCCUAUUAAAAAAAAUGUUUGCAAUAUGUUGUUUACGUUUUUGUGUAAGAAUGCCUCGACCUUUCAAUAUUGCCAUUGAAUAAUUGCUGAUUCACUUUAUAUUGGUGUAAUUACUGGAACUAGCUUAAUAUGGCACAGCCUAACUAAGAACUGUUUUUUUUAAAAGAAAAACACACAACCAGACUACUAACAUGUUUUGUUUUGUUCUUCUGCGUUUUGAUGACAUUUUAUUGUGAAAACUAAUGUGAACUUUUCAUAAAGUGGAUAAUGUUUUUUGCUACAUUAAGUAAUGCAUUGCACAGACAACUGUAAAAAGUAAACCUGUACCAUAGACUGUAUAUAAAAGCUGUAUAUGGAGUUUUGUCGCUGCGAUGUAAAAGUUGUGGAAGUCAGCUCUCAGAAAAUAUAUUGUUGUAAAUGUGUAUUUUUCAUAUCAUUUAUAAUUUCUUAAAUUCUGGUUGUUUUUUUCCCCCCAUGUUCU